CUGUCACCCCAGCCAUCACCACCGAGAGACAAGAGUUUAUCCUGAUGAGCGGAAUGACGGGACGGGAGGACGGCGGCGAGGAGAAGCCAAAAGUCAAAAUGUUGUCUCCGGGAUUUGGGAUCGAUAAAUCGCGGCUUCACGGAUCCGGGUUGCGGUCGAAGGGCUUCGCCAUCACCGACCUGCUGGGGCUGGAAUCGGACCUUCAGCCAAGGCCGGCCGGCCCAGGGCUCGGCGGGGUCGCGGCCGGGGAGCCGCACGGUGCCGGCGGUCUUGGCGGGUUCCCCUUCCCCGGCGGGUCGCUGCCCCUCGGCCUCGGCUUCCUGUGCAGCCUGGCGGCCCAGCAGCCCGCCGGGGCGCCCUGCUUCCUGCCCGGACACCUGCCGCUGCUGCAAGCCCGGACCGACAGUCACUACCUUCAGAACCUAGAGGCCCAGAGGGACGCUUACUCCGAUGAAGAAUGUCUGUCUGACCGCAACGACUCUAAAAGCUCAGGGAAUUCUCAGAAGAGGAAGAAGAGGAGACACAGGACCGUGUUCACCUCCCACCAGCUGGAGGAGCUGGAGAAAGCCUUCCACGAAGCUCACUACCCAGAUGUUUACGCCAGAGAGAUGCUGGCCAUGAAGACAGAGCUGCCCGAGGACAGAAUACAGGUGUGGUUCCAGAACCGGCGGGCCAAGUGGCGGAAGCGGGAGAAGUGCUGGGGGCGCAGCAGCGUGAUGGCGGAGUACGGCCUGUACGGAGCCAUGGUGCGGCACUCCAUCCCGCUGCCCGAGUCCAUCAUCAACUCCGCCAAGAACGGCAUGAUGGGCAGCUGCGCUCCCUGGCUGCUAGGUGAGCCUGCCGCAGGAAUGCACAAAAAGUCUCUGGAAAUCACCAAGAAGUGUCCUGGGACGCCGGAGUCAUCCCGCUCCGACUCGUUCUCCGAGGAGCGGGAGAAGGCGAAGGAGGGCCGGGAGCCGGGCUGGAGCAGCAAGGAGGCGGACAGCGUGGAGGAGGCCGAGGACAUGGAGGACAUGGAGGACGCUGAGGACGUGGCCAUCGACCUGUCCAGCACGUCCAAGCAGCAGGACGGCAGCGCGGCGGCGGCCAGCAGGCGGGCCGGCAGCGAGUCGGACGAGCAGAGCUGAAGUCGCCGGAGACUCGGACAGAGACACGAGUCUUUUCCAAAGACGUGCAAACGAACGAACGAGACCUUUGGGAUGUACAGGAUGUAACUGUUGUCUUAUUUUUUCUGUUGAUUAUUGUAUUUGAAAGUAUGUUUUAUAUCCUUGUUUGUUUGUUUGCUUUGUUUGGAAUAUAAGAGACUAUUUAAUGUUUUAUUGCUGUGUUUUUGUGCGGUUCUCUGUGUUUUAGUUUGACUGUCUGUCACCCGCAGGGAGCCAGAGGUUUCUGCACAUUUUCCACCAGUUAGUGAUUUUCUGACCUGAAGCGUUAAAGGUUUCAUAUCGCAGGAAUUCAGAUUUAUUUUAUUUCUAUACAUAAAUGAUUAAAGCUGUUUUUGUCUGACUGCUUAAAUUGAAACUGCAGUUUUAAAGUUGUUUCCUGGCGGGUUUUGAAGUGCAGGAAAUGCAUCACAGCUGGACUCGGUCUGGAUUCGCUCCCUCACUCAAGAAUUACUGACCCCCGUCCAGUCAGUGAGGCGGCUGCUGUCGGCCAAUUAGAGUCCAGCACUGUUAUCUCUCUCUCUCUCUCUCUCUCUCUCUCUCUCUCUCUCUCUCUCUCUACAUAUAUAUAUUAACUGGUCUCUGGUGGUUUUUCUCUCUCAGAUGUAAAUGAACUCUGUGAAUGAAUGUAAUUUAAAUUUAAUAUUUAAAAAAUCAGUUUAUUAUCACGUUUAUCUACAACAUCAGCAGCUUGUUAAUAAAAAAACAAAGUAUUUUUGGAA